UUUUUUUUUCAUUUUCCAUUUAGGAUAUUCGAUCAUACAUUUUAUUUUAUUUGUCAAUUGCGAUCAUAAAAUACUCUUAGUGGAAUCCUAGGAUUCUGUCUUAGAAUCAGAAGCCGAUUUAAGGAAUUUGUUCUGGGACUAUUGGUUUGAAGUUGGGGUUUCGGAAUUGAAUCGGUUUUUUUUUUUUUUUUUUUUUUUUUUUUUUUUUUCUGGGGAAGAAAGGGGUUUAGGAUGAGCGAUAUUGACCAUGUUUGUGAUCUAAUAUGGAAGUGGUGGUAGUGAUUGACACAUACGAAGAAGAUGUCACUUUACAUUGGUCGUGAGGCCUCCAAGCUAUGGAAGAGAGUUUGUUCAGAGACUGCAACGGAGAUCAGCCUUCUUGCUGAGAACUGGAAGUAUAUUCUUUGCGGUCUAGUUUUUCAGUACAUCCAUGGAUUGGCUGCUCGAGGGGUUCAUUACUUACAUCGCCCAGGACCCACACUUCAAGAUGUUGGGUUCUUUAUUUUACCGGAACUUGGUCCAGACAAAGCUUACAUCAGUGAGACAGUAUUUUCCUUCAUCUUUCUGUCUUUUGUCUUGUGGACUUUCCAUCCUUUCAUUUGCAAGAACAAAAAGAUUUACACGGUUCUAAUAUGGUGCAGGGUCCUGGCUUUCUUAGUUGCUUGCCAAAUCCUUCGGAUCAUUACUUUCUAUUCUACGCAGCUUCCUGGUCCAAAUUAUCACUGUCGUGAGGGCUCAAAACUUGCCAGACUCCCUCGUCCUGAUAAUAUUAUAGAAGUUCUUGUAAUUAAUUUUCCUCGGGGAGUGCUUUAUGGCUGUGGGGAUCUAAUAUUUUCAUCUCAUAUGAUAUUCUCUCUUGUCUUUGUCCGGACAUAUCAUAAAUACGGUACACAAAGGUUUGUAAAGCAUUGUGCAUGGUUAGCUGUUAUUGUUCAAAGCUUCUUGAUUGUUGCAUCUCACAAACAUUACACUGUAGACAUUGUGGUGGCAUGGUACACUGUUAAUUUGGUGGUCUUCUUUAUUGACAAAAAAUUGGCAGAAUUGCCUGACCGCUCGGGACCGGUGGCAUUACCAUUGACAAAGGACAACAAGACUAAAGAGGAGAACCACAAACUUUUGAAUGGGAAUUCUGGAGAUCCUGCGGAGAAGAUGUCUCUGUCCCGUUUGCCAGAGGCCAAGAUCCCAAAUCAAUGGAAAGAUAGUAGAGAACGGGAACAUAACUACGCAUGCUGAAACAACAAUGAAUGGUGUAUAGAUGUUAGAAGCUCCAUCCAUCGUGAGUAGAGCAAGUCGGGAUUGGCAUGCCAAGUUACCGACUUUGUGUUGGUGGACAAUCCCCGGCCUCCUCUAGUCAUCACAUGGGGUAUGGUCGAUAUGAUUUGUAUUCUUGGAAAGAAGGAUAACGCCUUUCCUUGUCCAUGAUCCAUAGCUAAAUCGCUUAAAAUGCAACGAGCAUCAUGUAUGUCAUGGAAUUACAAUUACAAUUUGAUUAAUAGAUGCAAAGCUUACAUCCUAUUGUGUAUUGUGUAAA